AUGGAAGCUUUUCCGAAGGGGACCGGCAGCGGCAGAAACAAUUGGCGGGUUCACCUGGACGGCGGCGGGUCGUGUGACGACCUGGCCGAGUGCUACUCACGGAGCCUCACCGAUAACGGCUCCACGAGGCGGUUACGUACAAGAGACACGUUCGGGGGGUUCCUGUCAAGCAAUCAGGACGAAAACCCUGAUUUCUUCAACUGGAACUUGGUGUAUAUCCACUACUGUGAUGGUGCAUGUUUCACCAGUAACCGGCCGGAUCCGGUGACCCAGAAAGGAAAGACGUUGUACUUCCGGGGUCAAGCGAUCCUAGAUGCCGUGUUGGACGAGGUGAAUGACGUCAGAGGCAUGUCGAACGCCACAACAGUCAUCCUGAGCGGGAACUCUGCCGGUGGUAUCGCGGUGUAUCGGCAGGCUGACCAUGUCCGGAGCAGACUGCCCCGGACUGUCCGGUACAUGGCGCUGCCCAGCUCCGGCCUGAUGGUCUGGGACAUGGACGACAAGGCGGCCGAGGUCUUCAAGAGGAGGGCUGCCAUGCACGGCAUGUCAGGUAAGAUCUGUGCUGCUGUUGUGGCAGAUUUUAUCAGAGCAAGGAAGUUUAAACCUCCUUGA